CCAUUACUCAACCAUCAAACAAAUACCACCAGGCACCAGCCAUGGCACUUGUGUAGCAGCCGCAAGAGAGGAAGAUGGUGGGCUUGGGCGUGGGCGUCGGGACGGGGGCGUUGGGCUCCGUCAUCGGCAAGCUCGCCACCUUGCUCGGCCACGAGUACACGAUGCUCAAGAGGGUACGCAAGGACAUCGCCUUCCUCGAGCGUGAGCUCCGCAGGAUGCAGAUCCUGGUGGACACACUGGCAGACAUGGAAGAGCUCGACGAGCUGGCCAAGGACUGGAAGGGCACCAUGCGCGACCUCAGCUACGACAUGGAGGAGUGCAUCCACCGCUUCAUGCUCCGUCUUGGGAAUGGUGACGCCAAGCCCAGGUUCAGGAAGAAGACAGUGCGCCAGCUCAAGACUCUCUUUGAGCGCCAUGGAAUCGGCAGCCAGAUCAAGGAGCUCAAGGCCCGCGUUGAGGAGGAGAACCGACGGCGGCAGAGGCUAAACCUCGACAAGUAUAUUGUAAGUCCAACAAGGGUCGUGGCAAUAGAUCCCCGGUUAGCUGCGUUCCACGGAGUGGCCAAGGGCUUGGUGGCCAUAGACGGCCUUAGGGACCAGAUGAAUGGGAGAGACUCCAAUAUUCCAUUGGUGCAGGUCUUUCAUAUGAGAGUGAUGAUGGUGGAAAGGGAUGCGGAAAUCUCGUGUGAAGAACUGAAAUGGAAAUGGAUAGCCGAAGGGUUUAUUACUUCAAAACAGGGAAAUUUGAAUCAAGAAGCAGAGAGUUGUUUUAAUGAACUUUUCAACAGAAGUAUGAUCCAGACAGUUGAUGUUGACAGUUUUGAAGAGAAAUAUUGUCAGGUUCAUGAUAUGGUGCUUGACCUUAUAAUUUCUCGAUCAACUGAAGAGAAUUUCGCCACUGUUUUGAACGGUGUGUGCAAUUCGUUGCCAACCAAGAUGCGUCGACUCUCCCUGCAAUCUAGUGGGCUUGAACAGAAAGGGACAAUCCAAUCCAUCAUAAGAAGCAAGUUACAUGUUCGCUCAUUGAAUGUGUUUGAAGAAACAAAGGAGAUACCACCACUUGUGGACUUCCUGUCCUUGCGUGUGUUUGAUAUAUACAAGGAUUAUUCGUCGUGGGAAAACAAGCAUAUAAGAAAUAUAGGAAGUUUCUACCAACUGAGGUAUUUGAGGAUGCACGGACUAGGAAUCACAGAGCUUCCUGCAGAUAUUGGAAAGCUACAGAACUUAGAGACACUUGAUUUGCGGGGCAGUCGUAUUAGAAGACUGCCAUCAACAAUAUCCCGACUACAGAAACUGGUGCCCCUAUUGAUUGACAACGAUGACUUUGUGUUUUCUGCUGAUAUGUUUGGGAACAUGCGAGCCCUGGAGGAAGUGUCAGAUAUCUAUAAAGUUGACAAUCCUGAGAAAUUUUUGGAAGAGUUUGGACAUCUAACAAAAUUGAGAAAGAUUUCGAUGAGUCGGUUAUGGGGGUGGUGGCGUGUGAAUUUCGGGAAUGUUAAAUGCUAUCGAGAAACACUGGGGUCGUCUCUAAAUAAGUUGGGUAAAUACAACCUUCAGUAUCUUCAUACUAACGGAGAUAUGGGAAACAUUAUAUUCAGGGAUCCAUGUUGCACCUUUCCACUCCUCCAAGAUCUUAAACUAGUGCAUGACAUGGAAAGGGUUCCCAAGGGAAUGGCCUCCCUAACCAACAUCGUGAAAUUGGAGAUAGCAGUCACACAAUCUGAUGAGGAAGGUCUCCACAUUCUCAUGGGUAUGCCUUCUCUCGCCUAUCUGCAGCUAUCGGUAGGGUUACGUGGCGUCAUGAGUCCCAUGAAUGUUGGUAGUAACGGAUUCAAGCUCCUAGAGGUGUUCCACUUCCACUGUAACAUAUCAUACGGAGAAAAGGGGAUAGAAUUUGCAGCAGGUGCUAUGACAGCACUCCGGCGGCUCCAUCUUUCCUGGCGCGCAAGGCUAGUGAGGUUGAGGUAUAGUGAUGGUGUUGGCAUGGGCAUCCAGCAUCUUUCAAGCCUUGCACAACUCCAGGUCGAAACUUGGUGUGUUGGUGCAACUCUAGAGGAGGUGGAGGCCCUGGAGGGUCCCGUUGAAAAAGCAGUCACCUUGCAUCCCAACCGUCAGACUCUUCAACUCCAUCUCCAUAGAAAAGAUGAACAUCUUAUGUUCAAGGACGAGGAGGAAAGAAAGAGGGGAAGGCCCGCUGGUUUCUUCAUUCCUUUGGUCAUGUUGGAGGAGAAUGCGCUAGAGAUCUCACUUUUGCAAGUAACCGUGAAGGGAUUGACAACCCCUUUAUCGUGUUGGGUGCAAGCUGUUGAUUGUUUGUGCAGAUUGAAUUUUGCUUCUAGAAAUCUUUUAGAUUCGGUCGCGGGAGGCACUUUUAUGGAAAUCACUUUAGGAGAGGCUACUAAGCUCCUAGAUAAUAUUAUGGUUAAUUAUUCUCAAUGGCACACCGAAAGAUCCACUAGUAAAAGAGUUCAUGCGAUUGAAGAGAUUAAUGUUUUGAGUGGAAAGAUGGAUGAACUUAUGAAAUUAUUUGCUAAUAAAAGUGUUUCUUCUGAUCCUAAUGAUAUGCUUUUGUCCACUUUGAUUGAGAAUAAUAGUGAAUCUACGGAUGUGAAUUUUGUUGGUAGGAACAAUUUUGGUAACAACGCGUAUAGAUGCAAUUUUAAUACUAUGCCAUUUCCUAAUAAUUCCUCUAAUAAUUAUGGUAAUUCCUACAAAAAUUCUUAUGGAAAUUUUAAUAAGAUGCCCUCUGAUUUUGAGAAUAAUAUUAAAGAAUUUAUGAGUUCACAAAAGAAUUUCAAUGCUUUGAUUGAAGAAAAAUUUCUCAAGAUUGAUGAUUUGGCUAGGAACGUGGAUCGAAUUUCUCUUGAUGUUGAUUCUUUGAAACUUAGAUCUAUCCCACCUAAGCAUGAUAUCAAUGAGUCUCUCAAAGCCAUGAGAAUUUCCAUUGAUGAGUGCAAAGAAAAAACUGCUAAGAUGCGUGCUAAAAAAGAUUGUUUUCAAGUUUCGGGUAAGGAUUUGAUGGACUACGGAAUAAGGAGUGGCAAGAGUGUAAGCUUGCGGAUGCCCAAGGCA